GGAGGCUGGACAGCGCAUGCGCGGCCGCGGAAGGGUCACUGGGUGCGCGUGCGCAGUCUCUUGGCGGAGGCAAAAUGGCGGCGCCGGUGGACCUCGAACUGAAAAAGGCGUUUACUGAACUUCAGGCCAAGGUAAUUGAUACCCAACAGAAGGUGAAACUGGCAGAUUUGCAGAUAGAUCAGCUGAACAGGACCAAAAAACAUGCACAUCUCACAGAUGUGGAGAUCAUGACUUUGGCGGAUGAAACGCGAAUGUAUGAAGGUGUAGGAAGAAUGUUUAUCCUUCAAUCCAAAGGAGUAAUUCACAAUCAGCUCUUAGAAAAACAAAAGAUAGCAGAAGAGAAAAUUAAGGAAUUGGAGCGAAGACAAGAGAGAGACUCGGGGGCUUUGAAAUUUCUUUAAGCUCUCUUUUUGGAAUCAGCUUUGGCAGUUGUGGUUUUGAGGUUGCCGUGCAUCUGAAGUUGGAUUCCAUCAAAUAUCUAGGACGGUUUUUCUACGAAUGCAGUGCGAUGCAGAAGUGCAUCUCAUUGUGCUUCCUCAGUCUUCCUGGAGGAGAGUUCCAGUUGCCCUCCAGAAGCUGGACCCUGGCACAUGCCUGUAAUCUUCUCCCGUUUUCCUCUUUUCUUUUUUCAUUCC